AUGGAGAGAGAGAAGUUUCAGCAGAAGGCUCUGAAGCAAACUAAGCAGAAGAAAUCCAAGUCGGCUGAAUUUCUGAUGGUUAAAGAAGAUAGAGAAGCUACAGGAGGCAUUGGAAAUCCAGCUUUUAACAUAAGCAGUCCAGAUCUCUCAGCCUGUCAGACUGCAGAAAAGAAAGUUAUUAGACAUGACAUGCCAGAUCGCACCCUUGCAGCUCACCAACAAAAAUUCAGGCUGCUAGCCUCUGCAGAACCAAAAGGAAAUGAAUAUGGCAGAAAUUACUUUGACCCACUGAUGGAUGAGGAAAUAAACCCAAGGCAGUGUGCGAUGGAGGUCAGCAGAGAAGUUUGUCUAAUGGCUAAAGGAGAGAAAGCAGAAUCAGGAGUGGAUAAUACAGCUGGCCUUUCAAAAAAAGAAGCAGAGAAGAACUCCUAUGCAUCAGUGGAUGAGGAAGAAGAUAAAUCCUCAGUACAUUCUUCUCAGGGGAGCAUUCGUAAUAAAAUCGGUCCCUGUUCUAUGGACUGUGAUCCCAAUCUCUUAAAAGAAGAUGAUGAUCUACACUGUCAGGGAGAUAGCCUGACUGAUCAUUCUGUGAAAGAAAAAUCAACUAUUUGGAGAACUGGAGAAGCAGAAGAUUAUUCACAGGACACGUCUUACUUGGAGGAACUGGAGGAACACUGAUCUUCUGUUUGCUGUUCUUCAGUUGCUGAUAGUAGACCUGGAGACUUCUUCAAGCAUCUCCAUUUUGUGCUGGUGUCAGUGUCUUCAGAGCUUCAGUUAUCUCAAUGGCAAAGCCAGGGCUUCUGGUACAUUAUCCUGCUGAUGGUUUCUCUCUGGUUCCUGAGGCUCUACCUGCACUACCUGGGCCAGUGGCUCUUCCUCCAGGCCAUUUCAGCUCCUGUUACAAGGUGAGUGCUUUCCUCUGAAAGUCAAAGGAAUGUAUUUUCAUCUUGAUAGGACACAUGAAAGUAUGAAACACCUCUCCCAUCCAUUUACCAUAAGACCUAAAAUGCAGAGAUGAUUUGAAAAGACAAAAAUGUCUUUAUCUAAGAGCAAGAACUUCUAUUACAGUUAUAGUCUCACCUUAUGGGCCUGUAUAUAUAAGUACAUAACUGGUACAUCAAUAUAUAUUUUAAAUUUAGCAGAUUCAAAUAUGUUCUAAUA